UGGUAUGCAUUGAAGAGGAUUUGAAGAAUUGCACAAGUCUCAGUUUCAGCCUCUGUAAUCUGGAAUCUGCUUCAGAAUCCCAGGUCUUUGAGCCAGCAAGGAGUCUGGGGACAAAAAGCUGAGAUGUAACAACACAACAUUUAGAGGAAGUUUUGUUUCGGAGGAAGAAGAAACGCCUUUUCACUCCGAGGAUUGAUACUGCGGUGGUAAUGCAGUCAAGCAUGAAUAUCCAUUUGGCUCUCCUGCUGACAAUUGAAGUCUCACUGUUCCUGGUUUGUGUUGAUGGAUUCUUAACUAGAAACCCAUUAGUACCAGACACUGAGCUGCCUCACAAUGAACAAAAGGGACAAGAACAUUAUGACCACUCAGACGCUGAAUCAGAUAUAUAUGAACCCAAGAAAGAUUGGCUUCAUGCAGAAUCAAACCAGCCCAAAAACGACGCUGUAGGAAGUGAAACUGCCCGAUGCGUCCAAUGCUGCGAUCGCCCACCUCAUCGCAGGCAGCGUUACCAUUACUACAAUGAGGAUCCACCAGAAUUUCAAGCUAUCCCUCAAAUCAACCUGACCAUUCUCAAAGGUGAGAAGGGUGACAAAGGGCCACGUGGAAAUUAUGGCAAAGAUGGAAAAAUGGGACACCCUGGACUCCGUGGUCCGGCAGGUUCCAAAGGUGCAAAGGGGAAUACAGGACGGUUUGGAGAGCCAUGUAAAAUGUAUUACGCAGCUUUCUCUGUUGGCCGAAAGAAAGAACUACACAGUAACAAUUACUACCAGACAUUGGUGUUUGAUACUGUAUAUGUCAAUCUAUAUGAUCAAUUUAAUAUGUUCACAAGCAGAUUUUACUGCUCCAUCCCAGGUAUUUAUCACUUUAGCUUAAAUGUACACACCUGGAAUCAGAAGGAAACCUAUAUGCACAUCAUGAAGAAUGAGCAGGAAGUUGUCAUUCUCUAUGCUCAGCCCAGCGAUCGCAGCAUCAUGCAAAGUCAGAGUAUUAUGAUGGAUCUGAAGCAGAAUGAUGAAGUCUGGAUUCGCUUGUUUAAGGGAGAACGGGAGAAUGCCAUCUUCAGUGAUGGCUUUGAUACGUAUAUCACCUUUAAUGGCUACCUGAUUAAACCAAACAGUGAGAAAUGAAUAAAUAAUUAAACCAGUAGCACUUCAAUGAAUAGAGAGGUCUGUCAUUCGAAAGCAAUAAGGAAGCUUACAAAAGGGAAACUCCAGCCUUCUGUUAUAAAAGUUGUUUUAUAUCUCUUAUCUUGAUUUUUAUAGUAGCUAAAAUCAUUUUUGUUACUUGUUAUAUUCUUUUUACUCAGCCUUUCCAAAACACAGAAAUCGAUACCUGUUUUUGUGGCUUGCUUUCAUUCCAUGGUGCUAUAAUAGGCACUGUCAGUCUUAUCACUUUGUGCAGUUUUGUUCAUUCAGAGAAAGCAGUGAAGAUCCCGAUCUCCCCUGUAAUGUAGAAAACAAGAAUGCUGCUCUCUGUGGCUGUCAUUAAAGUUUCCAAGUAUGGGGAAUGUCACAAUUAAACAGGCUGGUUUUAUAACCUGUAUAUGUGCAUCCAAUUUAUAUUCUGUUAUCAAACUAUCACGUAAAUAGCUGGAAGUGAGUUAUCGUUCAUCAUUGUCUGAGUUCAUGUAAAUAAGAUUGUUAUGAUUUUAUUUUAUGGGAUGAAAUCACCACAACAAAAUCAAAACCUCCACUUUGUUCUUACUUUGAGGGGCAAUUUUAGUAUAACCUGUGGGUCCAGAUUUAACCAUCAUUUUUCAAUCAUCAAAAUCAAUAUGGAGUGAUAUUUAAAAAGGAUUUAAAACUAGUAAUCUACUUGUGCAGCAAGUUAUUUUAAAAUUAACCACAAUAAUAAAGUUUAAGAUCUCUUGAGUAAGUUAACAAUGAUCUUAUCAAUCAGGGAAGGUAAUAGCCUAGUAGUCCAGAGACCCAGGUAAUGUUCUGGGGGCCUGGGUUCAAAUUCUGCCUUGGCAGUUGGUGGAAUUAAGAGUCUAAUGAUGACCAUUAAUCCCUGGCUGAUUACUGGGGGUGGGGGGAUAUACCAUCUGGUUCACUAAUGUCCUUUAGGGAAGGAAACUGCCAUCCUUACCUAGUCUGGCCUAGAUAUAACUCCAGACCCACGGCAAUGUGGUUGACUUGUAACUGCCCUCUGGUCAAUUAGGGAUAGGCAAUAAAUGCUGGCCUAGUCAGUGAUACCCUUAUCCUGGGAAUGAAUAAAGGGGGGAAAAAAUCCUUUUUAUUUGUCAGUCUUUCUCUUAAUUCCAGUUUUGUUCCGGGGUCAGUUAGCACAGUUGGCUGAAUGGUAGGUCUGCGGUGCAAAGCAAUACCAAUAGCAUCAGUUCAAUGCCUUCACUGGGUGAGGUUACCAUGAAGGACUCUCUUUCUCAACCUCUCCCCUCGCCUGAGGCACAGUGACCUUCGGGUUAAACUGGUUCAACGGUCAUCUAUCUCUCGUGACAGAGUAGCCCUAUGGUCCAGGAGGACUGUAGGGACCAUUACGUUUGGUUUUAAUUUUUCUUAUAUAUUAAUUUUUUUAUUUGUAAAAAUUGUUCCCCAUGAAAUGUAGCAAAUUACAUUACAUUCUGCCACUGCAAAACCCUUAGGCACUUAAUCUUUGAUUUUCCAUUUGGUUUUCGAUGAAAAACAAACCUAAGUUGGUCAAAGCUGGCUAGCAAUCAGCAUGAGAAAGCAUGCCAGAACUUCUCCUAUUUAUUCUUCAUGGGAGUAAGGAAAUUUUAACUUCUGGGACCCACCUGUAUGCUUGGAGUCAGCUACCCACGUCAUCUUGGCAGGAAGUGGUGUGAACCCUGCUAUGUUAUGGACACCCUACUUUGCAGCAAUCAAGCUAGUAUAGCCAUGUUUGUUCACAAUGAGCUCCUGUGGAACUUCAAUCCAAACAGAACUGUUGUCAGCCAUCCUUACAUGUCUCAUUUCCUUUGGCAUAAUUUCUAUGGCUACGUCUGAACUGCAGAGAUAGCUAUUGAACUCCUUCCAGACAUUGGGAGGGACCAAAUAAGCCCUCUGCCUUGAAAAAUCACAAAUCAUUUGAACUGUUCAUUUAAAUUCCGCAGAAGCACUUAAUUUCCGGCUUCAAAACAGGCAAUGUUUUAAUCCCAGGUAUUUACAUAGUUGGGAAUUCACCUUUUUGAUGUAAGUGAGACUGAUUACAGAAUUAAAAGAGUAGGUUCUAUGCAGUGUAGGCUGGGCAGAGGCUUUUCCUGAAAUUUCUGAUUCUGGUCGAGCUUGUUCCUGAGUGGAAAUUUACAACAACUGUGUUCCCGCUGUAACAAAAUAAACAUGCAAUAUUUGUGUGAGCAAACUAAACAGCCUGUAACAUUUGAUAAAUGCUUAUUUUCCCA